CCAAUCAGCAAACAAGUUUAAAAAAAUGUAGUCUUUAUUAUUGUUUUCGAACUUAUUUGUGCUUUCUGUUUUCGGUAAAAUUUCAUUUUAAAUAACUAACUUUCAUUUAUGCCUUUUCUUUUCAUUUUUUCCAAAUGUAAUGUGUUUCUGAUUCUCGUACAUUUUGGAUGAUAUAACUAUAUCUAACCAAAGAAAUAAUGUAAAAAAUACCGCCAAAACCUUCUUCGUAGCAAAUGCCAAAUGAUUCCUUAAAAAUUAACAUCUUACGGAAACUAGACAAAAAUUAUUUGUCUAUAGCAUACUAUCAAAAAUCACAAGCCAAAUAUUCAAGAAACGUUGGUUUUCUCUACACUGGAUUUAAAAAUUGUAGCUGCAAUUAUGGAUUGGAUAUUAAAAAUCAAGUUACUGAAAAUAAUCAACAGUUGUGGAGAACUUAAAUCUAUAUAUGUAUAAGAAUAUUAAGUUUACAGCGGAGUUUAUUGACAAUUGGACAAAAGUCUCUAAAUCUUUGAAAAAUAAUUAAUUGAAAUAUGUAUGAGUAUGCGUAAUUCUCACAUGCACUAAUCAGCUGAGAAACCUUCCUUUACUUUGCCCGAAAGUAUCUUAAAUGCCUUAUCUUGUUUUUAUUCUCUUAACAAACUUAUUUCGUACUAAUUAAGUUUUUAAUAUUUUGAUGGUAGCUCAUUUAUAAUUUCGAUUUUUACGAGUUGACAGUACAAACUUUAUUAUCCAAUGCAAGUUCAUAUAGAUAUCUAGUUUUACCAAGUAUUUAUUAUGAAGUAAAAUAGUUUCGACAAUGUUAUAAUGCAUUUUGAUAUGUACAAAUGUAUUUUCAAUGAAAAGUAAAAUGCAUCGUAAGAAAAUAUAUAUGAACAAACAAAUAUAUUGAAGAGAAUUAUAGAAUGUGCAUAUAUAUUAAAACUUUAAAGAGUUUAAAAAUGUGUGAUAGUAGACUGUUAGGUGUCGAGUGUUCAAUAUUUUCCCAAAAUAUUCAAAUAUUUACUUCUUUCAAUAUAUUACAAAUGAUAUGAUUAAUUUCCGAUAGUAUGGAUUUGGCAAGAUGGUGUUAAAAGGUAAAACUGUUUUCAAGUAAAGCCAUUAUUGUGUUACUUCGGAGCGUGCUUUCUCUUCUUAUUGAUCCAUAAUGUAAAAUUUUAAUGUAUUUCAUGAAUUCCUUGUUUACAUUUUGAUGAAUUAAGGACUUAACAAUCUCUUCGUAUGUUGUUAUUACUAAAAAAAAACACUUUUUUGGCGGAAAUGUUUGGUAGAAAUAUAUUUUUGUGUUAUGAAAAAUAUAAUAUAUAAAAGAAGACAGCUGGUACAGGUCUUUUUUGGUCUUUGGACAAAAUCACUGUAAUGAAUCGUGAAUUUUUAAAACAAAACAUUAGUGUCUUUUGGUAAUUGAAUACCCUCAUUCAUUGCUUUCAACGAGUCAGCAAACUAACGAAUUUUCUUUGACAGGAAUAUAUCAAGCAACGAAUGAACGAAAACCAGUUCAAAAGCGAUUUACAAAAAAUAGAAAAUGGCGAACUUUGCUUUUCAUUUUCCAAAUUUGACAUUAAUUUUCUGUUGAAAUUAAAACGGAGAUAUUUUCUAAUUAAAAAACGAUAGGCUGUAAUAUUAUGCAGUUAUCGAAACAACAUAUAAGCAACUAAAAAUUGACAUGUGCGUUGUUUAAAAUCUAAAUAUGAAUAUGUCGUCUGCCAUUGCGUGUUGCUGAAGACUGUAAAGAAAAGCAACACCAUUGUGACAAAGUAUCGGCCAGUCGUAGGUACAUACUUAACAUCCGCCAACGAAUAUUGUUAUUGUUAAUUGAUUAAAGUAUUACUUUCAAAAACAAAACACCAAAAUAUCUUACCAUUCAAAUCUAAAAGUGUAGAUUGUAUCAAAGUUAAUGAAUUUCAAUGGGUAACCAGUCUGUGUAUCGUGAUGCAAAAAGCAACAACAAAUUUGCAAUUGUAGCUGCCAAUAAAUAUACCAGUACUUUUUUCUGACAAUCUAAUUCAAUUGGGUGUUCAGAGAUUGUGUUAACUGUGGGUGUGUGACUAAUUUUCUCAAAGAUUUAUUCGAAUAAUAUAUUUGACCGGGCCACAAUUUUUCAAAACGAUUGGAAUUGAUGUGGAUUUAAAGAAAGGCAAGUGGAGUUAUCAGGCCAAAUGCCAAUAUUGGAAAAACACAUUUCACCACGACCUUCAUAUACGACCUUUACUUUCUUGACAGUAGUUCUUUUAAUGAAAAAAACCUUUUCAUUGCGUUUUCAAAAACCUUUUAAACAAGUUAUAACGAUACCUAUAAAUAUUAAAAUAAAAACUAUUAACUUCCUGCUUCCGGGAAAGUGUGAAAUCCUUUAAAAAUAAUUUUAUUAACAUUAACUCAGCCGGUGACGCCUGUAACAGAAGCAUUCAGCAGAAAAAAUAAUAGCUGUUUUUGAGAAAAUACCUCAAAUUGAAACAACCAUGUCUUAGUUGGGUAUGCGACAUUUAGUAAAAAGUUUGCUAAACCCAAUGAAAUGGAUAUGAAAAAAAUUCCAAAAUCACGGUAAGCAAACAUCUUAUCCUCCAGAAUUUUUAUAUUAUUAAACAAAUUGAUUGAGAGCUAUAUGAGAGCGUACAAAUGGAAGAUUUUGAGCGUCGCCAACAGAGGGAACGUGAAAAACAUAAACGUCAGCAAGUGCAAAGUGUCGGCCGAGAGUAUGCCCUCUUUCCAGAACCGCGUAGAGUGAACCCGUCCGAGGUAGAUGACGAUAUCACCGCCAAACUGGGCGAUCAUUCUAAAGCUAUUGAGUUUAUGACUACGGAAGGUGUUGGUGUACAACCAUCCUCCAACAAUGCCUUGCUGGUUAGUCAUUUACAAUCAAGUGCCUCGUCCUCAGCUGGCGGCAAUAAUAUCGGUAACGUCUCUAUGUCCACCAAUUUGUUGUCUUCGCAUCGUUCGUUGGCUGGUUCACAGGCUCUUCAGCAGACAACGCAACAAACUCAUCAUUACCAACAACCUUUGCGUCAACAACCGUAUCUGAAGCAGCCUGAUAACAAGCUACCAUAUAACGGGCGGGGAAGUUAUUCGGCUCAGUCGGCUAAAAAUGAUUUACGACCUAGCAGUGGAAUGGCACCACCAAAAGGUCCUCCACCUUUGUUACCACCACCGUCUGGAACUAUAGGCGGUAACACUGGAAAUAAUAGUAGUUUAAAUUCAACAUCUUUGUUACCACCACCAUCAAAUGGGUAUUUGGGUCCUCCUAAAUCAACCGCACCUCUACACAAUGGACGGUUUCCUAAACCAUUGCCGAAGUCAAUAAAUGAUAUAAUCUCCAAAGUGGAUCAAACUUAUCGCGCUCCUGAGCAAAUUACCAAAAUAGCCGCAACGCCCCGUACAAGUAUCGCUGAUUACAAUCUGAAUGGGCCUAAUCGGCACAAAUAUUCAGUUGGCCCGGUACAAUCUAUUUUGGGCUCGCCACCUUCCGGAGCGGAAUUAUUACAGAGUGCGGUUCCAAUGCCCAUAACACCAAUCUCAGCUCUACCCGCAACCCCUAAUCCUCAGAUCAUAUCAAACAAUUGUGGGAUAACAACUAUUAGUAGCGGUAUGCCAGCAAUAAUGUCUGGUGCUAUCCCAUCGCCUACUAUUGGUACUACAAUGUUAAGUUCGCCGCUUGUGACGACCGCCGUUAGACAAGGAUUGUUAUUGUCUAAGGAGACCUUAAAACCACUAAUGGAUCAAGUUGGACCAACUUUAGAAAAACAGAACUCCACGUUGGAAAACGAUUUGGAGCUUUCAGAAUCAGAUGAUGAUCGUCGAAAACAGAGUCGUUCAGUUCAUAAUUCCAGUGAUAGUUCACCCUCAGAUUCUAGUGAGUCUGGUAGUGAAGAAUCUUCAAAGAGUGAAAACCAUCGAUCGUCACUUACGUCGCUUCAGCAACAAUCCUCAGCCCACAAUCCAAAAUCACUUACGCAAAAUUCACUUCAGCAACAGCAACAACAGCAGCCACAACAAACGGCUCCAUUAGUUGGGCGUACAGUUGCAAAUAAACUCACAAAUGAUAAGUCAAAGGUUAUUGAACCUCUUGGAGGUAGCCGUUCAAAUAUUUAUCUAAACAGUAAUGCACUGGGUUCGGCGGGUUCUUCCAGUUCAGGGCCGAGUUCUACGUCUUCAUCAUCCAAUAAAACUCCUUCUCCGUCAGAUUCGAGUAAAUGGAAUUUAAGUCGAUAUUUUAAUAAAAAGCCUGCCUUAACACAAAAUGCCACUCCACCACCAGCAAAUUCGCUGGUUGUAAAUUCAAUUAACGUGAGCAUGGAUGAACCGACUCUUUUGCCAGGUGGGGCCCAAAUAAUACCUGAAGCUACACAACCCCAACCUAAUCCCACGAUCGUGAAGCACGAAAAUACAAACUAUGGAGUAGCGAAAAAGUUCUCCGCACGCAGUGACGAUGAUGAUGAAGAGAGUACUGGUCUUCGCAAUUGCGAUACACGUAGCGUGAUGUCCAAUUCAAGUGGAGCUAAAACACAUAUUAGUGGAGGUGUGCCUGCGUUUAUAAAUGAAAUAAAGAAAGAAGCUGAUGUGCUUUAUCCAAGCUCAUUGAAAGCUACUUCCUCUGUUACAACACAGGCACAUGUUCAUGUUUCAUCUCAGCAACAACAAACGCAAGUACCUCUGUUAAAUGCUGCAGAAUUUGUUGCGAUACCAACGAGCCAAAUAAAACAUGAAGUUCCUGGUUUAACAACAGUAGCAACAUCAACUGUUGCCCCAAUGUCUUUGGCGGGUGGUACUACCACUGUCACUCCUUACAACACCAUUAGCGGGAAUGGACAUAGGCGCACUCUUUCCGCGUCACCACAUAUGCGUAACAGUGUUUCGGCGGGCUCAGUGAAGAGGCGUGUUGGCCAGUUAUCAGCCCCAUCCAGUGAUGGACCUACAUCGAACAGUAGUGAUGAUGAAGAUGCGCUGGCAACAUCUACAAGGUCUACCGUACCAACGUUGGGUCCAGGUGGCACGUUAAAAAUACCUGGCGUACCCGCAGCUAUUACCGCAUUACCACCUUCAACGUCACAGCCAUUGGCAUCAGCGCCCACAGUUCCAAACUCAAUAACAGUCUUACCCAUCAAUCCUCUAACAAAGUCAGCACCUCUUCGCAAGCGAAAGAAACCUCGGAAUUCGGCAACCAGCAUUACAACACAAUUGGACAGUAGUGACGAAGAAGAUAUGACAUCAGAUUUUAAAAGUGGUGGUGUGACAGUAAGUCCAACUGAGCUGAGAGCAGUAACUGGCCCAGGAGGGAAACUGUACUCGGAACCAACGCCGGUAGUGCCUGCAAAGAAAGGACCAGGCCGGCCACGGAAAACUGCUGGCAGUGGAAGUGGAAAGAAAACCAAUGCAACUCCGAUUGCUAUCCCAAAAGGUCCCAAAUUAACAGCUAGCAAGGAUGUUAAUAGUGGUGCUUUGGUUGCUAAAAAGGCUACAACAAAAAGAAGAGCCUCUCGUCAAAAUUCAAAUUCGACUGGCAUCAUCCCGAUGAAAUCACAUUCUCAGACUACACAACCAGCGGCACUAACAAGCGUUCCAAUCAUUGAUACAUCUUCGUCGGGUUCAGCGUCGUAUUCAACAUCGAAAUCCUCUAGUUCAUCUUCUUCGGAAACGGAAUGUGAAGAUGGCGUUAUAAGUGGUUCAUCAUCUGGUGAUGACAAUAAAAAUAAAGUCGCAGGUGCUACAAAAACAAAACGCAAUAUAUCGGCGCGGCCAACAGCAGCAGCAGUAACCCCAGCGUCAACAUGUUCAGUCGCAGCAAACGUAUUGCCUGCUUCUACUAGUCGCAUUAUAGUUCAAUUGAAUAGACGUAAAUCUUCACAUGAUGAUGUCCCGCCAAUAGCAAUAUCGUCAGUAAGCACCGGUGGUUCGGCCAAAAUGGCAAAUAGUGGUAAGCGAAAGAGGUCAACGUCACAUUUCACUCAGGCCGAUGAGGAGGCUGAUAGUGAUGAUGAAUCAUCAGAUUCCGGAUCUGGUUCGUACGGCAGUUCGGUCAGGAAUUAUAACACAGGUGCAACGGCAGCUAAUUCCGUAACACAUGGUGGCAAUGCGAGUGGUGGCAGUUCACAUCGCUCUCAGAAUAUGCAAUCGCCAUAUAAAGUGCCCAUUCCAGCGGCUCCUGUAUCUAGUUCGACUUCUAGCUCAAGUAGCGUGUCAUCGUCGUCAUCGAGUAGCAGCAGCGGGGAUGAACAUUUUGAUACAGAGCCUGGAGCAUCCGUUAGUAAUCGAGGCAAAAGUAAGCACAGUAAGACUGGUACUAAAGUUACUACUAAUAUCAGCAGCGGUUCCAAUAGUUCGAGACUGCGUCGUGACAAGCCCAAAGCAAGCGAUAAGAAUAAGAAUGUUACGCUUACGCGUAUUUUUAAUCCAGAAGGCGGUGCCAAAAAGCAAGGUCAGGUGCUGGUCAUCGACGAGCAGCAGCAACAAAAGUUGAUAUCUCCUAAUGCCUCUGGGUAUAGAACUACAGUGUCCGCCAGCUCAACGUUAUCAAAUAGUCAAGAGAAUCUCGUUGCAACCGCCACAGUUGUUAAUUCACAAUCACCUAGGCUAACUCCCGGACAUAUAAAAUCACCACGUGCUUUGCCUCAACUGGCAGCAGUUGGGUCGCAUCGCACACCGGAUCGUAGUAGUCGAAAUAGUGCUGAACGGAAAGUGCAACAACAACGCAUUAGAACGCCGUCUUGUACACCUACUCGCACUCCACCUACAACCCGCACGCCAACACCCACACCGGCAUCAUUACUGUCAGCACCAACAGCAUCACCUAUGAGAACAACAGCAACGUUGUUGCCUAAUUUCCCAUCCCUUAUAUGUAAAGUUGAUUUAUCUCGACUUAAACGCAUUUUACCAGAGUGGCGUACAAAUACUUAUCGGCUUUCUAGUACUACCAUAUCCCGUUGUGCCCAACAUGAAGCGAUAUUAAAUGCUGAUUUGCAAGCAACAUCAACCAUAACUGGUAGUGGAAAUGGCAACAGAACACCUACAACUCCAAACUGUCCGACGGAGCGGGAACUAUCGCAUUCCAGGGAAAGUUUGGUCGGAAUUGGUGUUAGCGGAAGCAAACAAAGACUGAACACAAUUCAUUCAAAUGGCCGCCUGGGCAAUCUUUCCACAGAUGGUGAUGGCAGCGGUGGUACAACCCCCAAACAGCAGCCUCAACUUACACCAAAUGGUUACAACUUAGUUACGAAUGCAUCAAAUAGUUCACCCUCUACUAAGCAGCUAUUAAAACAUGAGCAAUUAAUCAAAAAUGAACCAGGCUCUGAAUUAGAGAGUGCAUCCAUGGCGUCACAACCUAAAGCUGACGCUUACUGCAGCGAAACUAAGUUUAAAACAAGCGGCUCAGUUAAACAAGAGCUUCUACUACUGAAGCAGGACUGCAAGCCUGGUUUAACUCCACAAAUCGCUUUUGUAUCCGCUGAUAAGGAAGACGAUCGGCCUGAUGGAUCACCAACUUCACAGCAAAUGCGCGUAAACGAUAUAACUGAGCCAAAAUCGCAACGGCGCAAACGUAGCGCCAGCUCGAGUCCAUACAAAGACAAAAAGCGGAAAAAGGAUAAAAUGGACAAGUAUUCCAAAGAUGGUAAAGAUAUGAAAGAUGGGAAGGAAAGUGAUGCCGGUAGUGGUCCAUUAUUAACAAUACAAGAUAAAGAAAAGGACGUUGGGAAAUCGAUAACUGCUUUAGGAGCUAUUGAACGUGAUAUAGGAAGCAACGCUAUUGGCAGUGGUCAUGCUGGUGUAAAUGACACUUGUCGACGUGCAAUUGCUAUAAUUCCACCACUUGGAAUGAACAACAAUGGGCAAAUGGAGAAGGAUCAUCAAAUGGAAAAUCGGCAAUUAGCUCCUACCAACCACGAUCGAUUACUGGCGGUGCGACAAAUGCAGCAACAACAGCAUCUUACUAAUGUUGCGGCUUCAAAUGGCUCACAAAAUCUAGCGAACACUCAAACGGCAAGUAAUAAUUUAAAUACAGCAACGACUGCAGAUAUUGCUGCUAGUAAUAUACUAGUGCCACCUGAAAAUCUAAACGCUCCAUUAGCACCACCACCGCAAGCGAUAUACCGAUCAUAUUUUGAACGCGAUGAUGAUGGACUCUGUGAUGAUAUUGGGAAAAAUUCGAAAUUCCUACAGGAAGCAGUUAAGAGAAAGCACGCGGCCGAUAAGGAACAAAAUCUAUUCAACCAAGUAACUUUGUAUUUGGAGGCUGUUAUAUAUUUUAUUCUAUCUGGAGCGGUACUAGAACUGCAUCGUAAUUCGGAGGACGCCAGUUGGGUUAUGUACAAGGAUACAUUAAAUUUAAUUAAGUUUAUUUCAUCGAAGAUUAAGCAUUUGCAAGUUUCAUCUACAUCUAAUGAACUCCAUGAGCCGCACAACAAAGUUGCUAUCUUAAGUUUACGUUGCCAAUCUCUAAUCUCGCUAAAACUAUAUAAAUUAAAACGAAACUAUUGUCGGAAUAUCAUCAACCAUUGCGCAGAUUUUUUAAAAAGUAGUCGGAUGGAGGUUCUAAAUGGUAAUACACCUUCAUCUAACUCGCCAUCGAACUCAGUUUGUUCACAGGGCUCUGGUUCGAAUACACCGCCCGGACGGGGUAUGCGGCAAGAUAUUCAGAUCACAUUAAAUCACCAAAAUUUGUACUUCAAUUACUUGGCUAAUUGUCACGAUUUAUGGGAUCAAGCGGAUCGACUUGUACGGCAAGGAAACCAUACUGACUUCUUUAUAGCAUUGGAUCGUGAAAAUGGACCACUUACGCUACACACCUCCAUGUAUGAUUUGUUUCGUUAUAUACAAUCGGGUCUUAAGAAGCUGAAAAGUGCGAAUACCACCACCACAACUUCUGCGACUACUACAACUAAUACUAGUGGAUGCAGCGAUAGUGUGACUAUAACCGACAACGCCUCAAUGGCUUAUGUUAAUACUACUACCACACUUAGUAACACCACACCCACCAUCAACAAAAGUGCCAGCGCCAUAAGUUCGGUAACAUUGCAACCCCAGUAGUAAUGAAAUUGGUGGUUUAUGCCUUUAUAGAUUUACUUGGGUAUAUGUGCUAUUAUUUUUCUCAUUAAACAUCCAAGAAACUUCUUCAUCGUCGCGGAAAAAGAACGUAGUUGCAUUUCUUAUUCUCUAACUUAAAAUUUAGGCAUUAAAAAGGCUUUCGUGCUAUAUAUAUACAUAUGUAUAUGUGUAGAUUUGGACGAGUGAGUGGCAGGCAGAUACUUGCUUGUUGGUCAUGAAGUUCAUUAGCAAAACAAAGUGUUACAGUUUAUAAUAAUAUUGUUUUUAUUAUUACCUUUAUUAUUGCUAUUAUACAAUUAACCCAAAAAGAAAUUAUCAUUAAUAAUGCUUAAUUUAAAAAGAAGAAAAAAUACCUGUUUUUUCCUAUUUACCUGUACAUGUAAAGAACUUUUAACAUCAUAAUUCUUAGUUUAUUUAAAGUUCUUCAUUUUGCAAAGGUGUACAUAUAGAGGAAAUUAAUAAAAAAAUAUUAAAGAUAUCACACGUUUUGUAAAUAUGUAUUUAGCUUGCGAAAUACAAUGAAGCAAAUGUUAUUACAAUCAUUACUUUACUUCUAUUUUAAUUAUUAAUUAUUUUAAUUUAUUUAUACAAGGGGAUACAAACCACGGUUAGAAAUUUGGCGGAAAUUAUAAUUGUUUAUUUUAUUGCAUGAAAUUGUACUCAAAUGCAAGUUUUGAGGAUUUUUUGAAUUUCUCUUAUUACAAUAAGAAAUAUAUAUAGUUAAAUGAUAUAUAUUUUUCACAUCACACAGUUAUACGUCUUUUUUAUAGUUACAACCCUCGGGUAACAUGAUUAUGGAUUUAAAAUUAUUAAUUUUUAAAAAAUGGUUGCUGGUCCUUGGGUCGCAUGUGAUAAAUAAAAGAACACAUUUAUGUAAAGAAUAUGUUUACAAACAGACUAAAAAUAACUUUUUACAAAAUCGAUGAUUAUUGGUUUAAUCAUUUUUGCCAAACUAUAGUUAAUCUUAUUCUAUUAUAAGAGAAGUUAGCCUUUUGUUUAUUUUGCUAUUUUGGAACACCAUAUUUUUAAAUGACAUGUACGCACGAUUAAAAAUAUAAAAUGACGAUUAGUAAAAAUAAAUUUAAGUAUGUUACCAACGUGCCUAUGCGGUCCAGCAAUCACAAUAUUUAUUUAGAUGGGAGAAAUAUAUAAAAAUAUGGAAUUAAGAAAUAAAAUUGCCAAAAUAAUUUACAUGUUUUCAUCAAA